ACCCGGGGAACCGAAAACGCCAAAGAGGAAGCAGCUUCCCCGCGAGCCACCCACAGCGCGACCGCACGGAGGCCUUCCCGGCGGGCUGUUCCUCUAAGCAAGAAGAUGACAGCCGGAGAGGUUACAGAAGAAAUGUUAAAGACAGACCUUACCUUCAGAGGUGGCGUGGAGGGAGGAGAAUCUGGUAAAGAUCUCCCAAGAAAAUGUGUACAUAUUAUAUCUCCUGUAACUCCGAUCAAGGUUUAUUGUUGCUUUUUCAUCAUUGCAGUCCUAACUACUACUGUGGUUGCACUUUCUGUUGCUUUGGCAGUGAGAGGGGAAAAGGUGCUCGUAGAGCACUGUUUGGAUGCUGCAGAGCACUGUAUGUACGCUGCCUGCCUGGAAGGCUGGAUUGGAUUUGGAAGUAAAUGUUUUUACUUUUCUGAAGACACAAGGAAUUGGACAUUCAGUCAAACUUUCUGUGCCUCGCUAGAAGCCCACCUUGCUCGGUUUGAAACUCUGGAGGAACUGAAUUUCCUGAAAAGAUACAAAGGUCCUUCUGACCAUUGGAUUGGCCUUAGCAGAGAAUCAGCACAUCACACUUGGAAAUGGACAGACAACACUAAAUAUGAUACCUCGUUUGCCAUCAAAGGAGUUGGAGAAUGUGCCUAUCUGAAUGACAAUGGAAUCAGUAGUGCCAGGACCUACACAGAUAGGAAGUGGAUUUGUAGCAAGCCAAACCAUUAUGUCUACAGAUGCCAAAUGAAAAGCCCUUUAUAGAAUGUUCCAUGAGGAUGCAUUGUAAUUUGUUAUAUACAGUUGCUGCUUUUAUUUUUUGGUCUAUCAAAAAUGUUAUCAAUAUGCAUUCAUAAUUUCUGUUGACAGCAAAGAUGCAAACUAUCAUAGAGUGAUAUAAUACAUGCAUUUGGAAGAUUAUGUUUCUAAAUUAAAUAGGCAUUUGGAUAUGAGUCGAUGGUUAUGUUUUGAACAUAGAGUACAAUAACUAUCAGCGAACUCCUCUCCUAUGACCAGAUAUAAAACAUCUUCUAUAUAGACAGUCUUUGCUUUGAAUGCAUGGGCCAUAAAAAUGAGUAUGCUAACUAAAACCAUGCAAAAUGACUUUAACAAUCAAUGAGAAAAAUUAUAAUUGGUCCGUGACUCCAAAAAUUUUUGGUAACACAUUUAAAAUUCUCUAACAAAAUUCAGUUACAAAUAUAAAGAGACAUUUAAAAAAUACUAAGACUAAUAUUUAUUUUGUGUUCUAUAAUUUAAAACAUGAGAAACACUGACAAAGUAUAUUUUGCACUUUAAUUCUCAAUGUUUAUGUUUUAAAUUACAGUGUACUAAGUAAAUGUAUCUGUAUAAAAAUAGUAUUCUUUAUUUUACCCAUUGUUGGAUUUAAAAUUCUUUUAUCAUCUCAGGUAAAAUCACAGUUAAUUACUUGAACUUUUUAAGCAUUAAAUAUCCAGUGUUACAACCUCAUAUAAAUUAUUGAGUUUCAAAGGCAAAAUAGUUAAAAUUUUUCUAGAAGCAGCUACACUGUACUGAUGAGUCCCAAAAAGGACGAAAUAACAAUUUACAAUGCAUCCUCUCCCUUAUGUUUUCCCUUUGUAUUUUUCCUACUUUAUUGACACAUUUAUCCAUUUGUUCUUAUAAUUAUAUAAAAUUUUAUUUUAUAUAUCUUAAUGCU